AUGGUUGCCGCAGCAUCAACCCUCCUGCUCCGACGGCUGCCGGUUCAUCAUGUGCUUAUUGUGAUUGCAAUAGCGUGUUUGGUCGUCGUCGGUCCAAGUUGCUGCGGGGCCAAAGUGUUGACAGCUCAAUGGGAUGUGGAGUACAUCUUCUGGUCGCCGGACGGCGAGGAGCAUAUGGUGAUGGGAAUCAACGGCGAGUUCCCGGGACCGGGGUUGAGGGCCAGAGUCGGCGACACGCUCCAGGUGAACGUCACCAACAAGCUCCACACCGAAGGUGUCGUCAUUCAUUGGCAUGGUAUCAGAAUGAAAGGAAGACCGUGGGCGGAUGGGACGGCUUCCAUUUCACAGUGUGCCAUUGCUCCCGGUGAAACUUUCCUUUACAGUUUUACCGUUGACAAGGCAGGGACAUAUUUUUACCACGGGCAUUAUGGGAUGCAAAGGUCAGCUGGGUUGUACGGGUCGUUGAUUGUCGACGUGGCAGAAGGAGAGAAGGAACCGUUCGAGUACGAUGGAGAGUUCAACCUGUUGCUCAGUGACUGGUGGCACAAAUCUGUUCAUGAACAGGAAGUCGGCCUCUCCUCCAACCCUUUUCGAUGGAUCAACGAACCUCAGAGUUUGCUCAUUAACGGAAGAGGACAGUACAAUUGUUCCCUAGCAUCGCGGUAUAACUCAUCCGCAGCAUUACCGGAGUGCAGUUUGGGCGGCGGCGAGCAAUGGGCUCCCAAUGUAUUGAAAGUUCUUCCAAACAAGACUUACAGGCUCAGGAUUGCAAGCACCACUUCCUUGGCUUCCCUCAACCUAGCCAUUGGAGGUCACAACGUGACGGUGGUGGAAGCCGACGGGAACUACGUCCAGCCAUUCUCGACGACCGACGUCGACAUCUACUCCGGCGAGACCUACUCCGUCCUGUUCACGACCAACCAAAACCCUGACGAAAACUACUGGAUCUCGGUAGGCGUACGUGGCAGGCUCCCGCAGACCCCACAGGCGUUGGCUCUGGUAAAUUACCUCCCCAACCACGCGUCGAAGUUCCCCACCUCUCCGCCGCCGGUGACCCCGCAGUGGGACGACUACAACCGGAGCAAGGCGUUCAGCAACAGGAUCCAAGGGCUGGAAGGGACCACCCCGCCGCCUCCGGCCGAUUACGACCGUCGGAUCAUGCUGCUGAACACUCAGAACACGAUCGACGGACUCACCGUGUGGGCCAUCAACAACGUCUCCUUGUCGUUUCCUCCGACGCCUUACCUCGGCGCGCUCAAGUACGGCAUCAAGGCCGCCUUCGACCAGACCCCUCCGCCGGACACUUUUCCCGACUGGUACGACAUCAUGUCGCCGCCGGCGAACCCCAACGCGACGACCGGGAACGCGAUCUACACGCUGGACUUCAACUCCACCGUGGACGUCAUCCUUCAAAACGCGAACACGUUGCAGCCGAACGACAGCGAGAUCCACCCGUGGCACAUGCACGGCCACAACUUCUGGGUGCUGGGGUACGGUGACGGCAAGUUCCAGCGAGGGGACGAGAAGUUGUUCGAGAAGGCGGGGAGAAGGCCGCCGUUGAAGAACACGGCGGUGAUAUUCCCGUUUGGUUGGACGGCGCUGAGGUUCGUCGCCGACAACCCCGGGGCCUGGCCGUUCCACUGCCACAUCGAGCCGCAUUUGCAUAUGGGGAUGGGAGUUGUGAUCGCCGAAGGUGUGGAAUUUCUUGCGGAUGUCCCCAGGGAGACACUUUCCUGUGGGUUGACCGGCAUGAUGUUUUCCGGUAACGGGGAGGAGGGGCACAACUAG